UUCCGGGGGUGGUAGAGGAAGGCGGGGAGGGUUGGUGUUAAGAUGGCGGUGCAGGCCGUGUAUCUGGAGGCUGACGCCUUCUUGGUGUGCCUGAACCAUGCGCUGAGCACCGAGAAGGAGGAGGUCAUGGGGCUCUGCAUCGGCGAGGUUGACACCAGCCGGAUCGUGCACAUCCACUCUGUGAUCAUCCUGCGCCGCUCGGAUAAGAGAAAAGACCGUGUAGAAAUUUCACCAGAGCAGCUUUCAGCUGCCUCUACUGAAGCAGAGAGGUUGGCUGAAAUGACGGGACGUCCCAUGAGAGUUGUGGGCUGGUAUCACUCUCAUCCUCACAUUACUGUCUGGCCAUCACAUGUUGAUGUCCGCACACAAGCCAUGUAUCAGAUGAUGGACCAAGGUUUUGUGGGGCUUAUCUUUUCCUGCUUCAUUGAGGACAAAAACACAAAGACAGGCAGGAUUCUCUACACCUGUUUCCAGUCCAUUCAGGCCCAAAAGAGCUCAGAAUAUGAAAGGAUCGAAAUUCCUAUUCAUGUUGUCCCCCAUGAAACCAUUGGGAAGGUGUGUCUGGAAUCAGCUGUAGAGCUGCCCAAAAUCCUUUGCCAAGAAGAACAAGAUGCUUACAGAAGAAUUCACAGCCUCACCCAUCUAGACUCCGUAACCAAGAUUCAUAAUGGCUCAGUGUUCACAAAGAACCUCUGCAGCCAGAUGUCAGCCAUCAGUGGGCCACUGCUUCAGUGGCUGGAGGACAGACUAGAGCAGAACAAACAGCGGGUGCAGGAUCUGCAGCAGGAGAAAGAGCAGCUCUUGGAGGAACUCGCUGCUUUAGAAUGAAAGAGAAAAUGCAGCCCCUUCAGAAAAGAGACAUGAGAGAAACUCUACAAGACCUACAUCUGGCUGAAGGGUGGCCUGACAUUGCCUUACAGUGAAGAUGCUAGCUAUGCCUCUUCUUGUCCCAGGCAGCAAAGAGCACUUCUACAGGAUAAGGGCUUAUCUGCCCCACCUUGAUGGAAAGCAGUGGUAUCUCUCCAGGUGAUGCAUGAUGCAGUGCAAUCACAGCUCAGUAGUGCGGUUGGGCAGCACCUGAAGGUACAUCAGUUCUGCAGAGCACACACCUAGGGAACAUGCUGUUUCUCCCUCCCCUGUGUUUUGACAGAAGUCUUACUGCUUUACAUGUAUUCCAGGAGCCUAGAACAGGAGGGUUAGAGAGGAACAAUGUGUCCCUGCAGUCGUAGCUGAUGCUGCCAACUCCUGCCUUCUUUUAGUAGCUUCAGUUGACUGUGAUCUAGUAAGAGAUUACUGGUUAACCACCCAGGCAGAUAGGAGGUGGGAGGGAAGCUUGGGAGGAAACCUGGAAGAACUUUGACAGUAGUAUCUGUGUUCAGCAUACUUGAAACCAAAUAAAGAAUUCCAAAGCCAGA